AUGCGCUUCACUGAGGAGGACGCUGUGGCUUUGGACCGCUGGAUUGCUGACGUUUGCGGUGAGGAGGUGCAGUUUCCUGCCCACAGGCAGGCCCAAUUUUCCGCCUACAAGCGGCAUCUAGAAAUGAUUCGGGCAGCCGGUGGCCAAUCACUCUUUCGCCACUCCUCUCGCUCAGGGACGCGGGAGACGUUGGCCCUGCAGAACAUGCUUGCGGCGUUGCAUCAGCUAUGCAACUAUGAUUUGGGUAAGGUGGAAAGUGUUAGGAAGGAGAUUGGGUUGGUUGAGCGCAUGCUACAUGAGAAGGAGGUGCCUGGAGAGGGAAGGAGUGCAGCUGCAGCGUCGCCAGAAACAGCCGUGGAAGGUGAUACUGUGAGCGCUACAGGUAUGAGCCAUGAUACAUGCGUGAACAGCAGGAAACUCGCGGAAAGCUACGUGGCGGAGAUUGAACGCCAACGGCAGUUGAACCGGGCGAGCAUGGCGUCGUGUCGCGCACGGCACCUGAAACUGCUUGACCAGCACAAUCAGCUGCAGGAGGAGUUGAAUGCCCUUCGUGAAACGGAGGAGUUCGUCAUGUCUAUGUUGAAUGAAACGACUGCGGCAGUUAUCAGCGAACGUGACGCGAUGGCGCGGGAGCAGGCGGUGUGGGAGCAGCGGAAGCAACAGUUGUCCAAUACGAAUGCUGCGGAACACGAAGGUGGUGACGUCAAAUGUAAUGCGCAGGGAGAAAACACAAAAACGCUGGUGGAGUUGCGCGCGUCGCUCAAUAGCGUUGCCCUUGAGCUUGCAAAGACGCAGGCGCAGCUGAGCAACCAGGACGCCGCCCACGCCGUGCGGUUUCGUCUGGCGCGUCAGCGAUUAAAAGACUGGCAGGACAUGGUGGAGCACGUGCGCCGCACACACGACCAACUCUACGCACGCACACGAGUGAUUAGCACGGUGGUCGAAACCAACGCCGCGGGGCUGGCGGCGGACAGUAGGCUUAGCUACGUGGAGCAGCUGCGGAAACUCAACCGUCUCCUCCUUGAGAGGUCCGUCAAACUGCUGGGGCUGAAGCGUGGGGGGGAAGAGGAGGUGAGCGGCGUCGUUGGUAGCGCGGGAGGCGGGGGCGGAGGUGUCCUGCGAGAACUGUUCACCCCCAGCCAACGCGCAGCCUCCUGCGCCUCUGUAAUGGAGGCGGAGAGCUCCUUGUCAACCUCGCAGCACCGCUCCUCCGUCUCCACGGCGUCGCUGACAGGUACGUCGACGGAGGCAUCCUCGCCGUCGGCGCUUGCUGGUGCAGGCAGCUCCAACGCCCAUCAGCAGGCGCUGGCAAAACGGCGGCGCCACCGCCACACCUACGCCCUCUUGACGGACCUUCGACGAUGGGAAACGGCGCUGGUAAAAGAAUCUGCUGUGCUUUGUGGCAUCUGCGAGAAGGGGCUUUCUUCCACGUCCGCGCCCUCGCCGUCGAGGUCGCCGAACGCGUGUAUUCAGCAACUCCGGAGCCUACUGCUGGCAGCGUAA